AUGGAGACGCCGGCUGAGGCCGUGAAUAUGGUGGGGCGAAGCGCGUCGCCUGCGUCGACACCCGCGAAAAGAUCGACACGCGUCGUGAGGCCAAGCACCAAAAUUCGAGAAGCCGCGCGACAGCCCGACGAUCUGGCGGAGAAGACAACACGCGCAACUAGGCUUGCAACGCGCAUUGCCUCGGACGAUGUCGCCAUCAGUGACGCGACUGAGCGGCGCAAAGUUGCCAGCAGCAGCGGUGGCGCGAACGAAGGCCGAGCCAUGCUCCAGAAAGUUCUCGAACUCUUGAGCGAGUCACGUCAAGAAACGCAAAAGCUCAGCCGAGCGAUAGAUGCGCAAAACGAGAUCAUAUCCAAGCAACAGCAGAUGAUCCAGGAAAUGGAUUUGGACUACAACUACAUUCACUAA